GGCAGUCACCUGCUUUACACCACAAGAACAGCGUCACAACGCCUGUAGGAGUUGGCAAGAGAGCAGAAACAGUCAGACUGGCACUCAGACUACCAACAACCAGAUAAUGUGCCAACAAACAACGCUCACAGCUGAAGCUUGCAAAUGAUGGACAAACAAAACGGUAACAGCGUUUAAAAAUAUAUGAAAUUAAUCAACAAAAUUGGCAACUUUUUUGAUUGUUGGUUAUCUAUAACUGUAUGUGAGAUCAUUCCUAAAUACAUGGUUUAUAGUAUGAUCCACAUACUAUAGUGCUUAUUAUGUGUCAAUACUAUGGCAACAAGUAUUGAAACACUGCUAUUACUCUUUUAGGAAAUGGGCCCAAAGCCCCAGAGAACAGGGUGAAGGGGAAGCCUCCUCCGUACUCGGUGGAGACGCCCUAUGGCUUCCACCUGGACCUGGACUUCCUCAAGUACGUUGACGACAUCGAGAAGGGCCACACCAUAAAGAGGGUCCCCAUCCAGCGCCGGAGCAGGGGGCAGAGGCCCAGCACACUCCCCAGGCACCUCAACCUGUCUGGGCAUGGCUAUCGGCCUACCCCCUGGGGCUCCACUGGAGCUCUGGCCCCCAGGUCUCGCCUCGCCGACCCCCACCUGGGCUAUGGCUCCUGGGCUUAUGAUGGCAGGUCGUCAGCCUCCUCUGGAAGGUAUAAGUCUGUGGCUGAGAUGGAGGCCAGUAUCCAAGCCUUUGAUGAGCAGCCCUUGGGGGAGCACAUCAGGCCAAAUCUCCUGCGUGCCUCCAGCCUGCCUCUCACCGUCCUGCUGAGGAAAGGUUCCGAGUCAACUGAAGACCCGGCCAGUCUCCGAAGCUCCAGAGACCGUCUCGGAGGAAGGGACAUGUCCACGGAAGACAGCUUCUACUCCCCGGACUGCUCGUCUGACUUUUGGUCGAACCAGGACUUUUCUGGAACCCUCCACCGCCUCACCGAAGCCCUGGAGCGCGUGGGCGAGCUGGAGGAGGAGGUCCGGGUCAUCCCGGAGCUCAAGGCACAGAUCUGCAUCCUGCAGGAGGAGAGGGAGAGGUUCCGUCUUGGACUGAAUUCCCGACCAGGAUCCCAAACCUUGGUCAACGGGGCCAAAAAACCCUCUUAUGCGACCUCUGACCUCAAAAGACCCAGGAAAGAGAGUAAUCUCUUCACCCACAACGACGAUGUCACCGAUGACGACUCUAACCAGACACACGAAUGGAGGAUGAGCACAGACCUAGACGAGCUUCUUACGGUGACAUCCCUGCAAGCCAAAGUGGCCAUGCUGGAGCAGAGGCUUCAUGAGAGCAGCACGGACCUCCAGAACGCCACCUUGCUGCUGAGAGAACAGCAGGAGGAGGGCCAGAGGAAGGAAUUGAGGAUGAAGCAGCUCACUAGGAACACUGGGGGCUGGGUGAGAGCAGAGAGAGUCCAGGUGGACCAAUAUGACGAAGAGACCGAGAAUUCUUCUAGGUGGUCUUUAGCAGGUGCGCAUGGUCCGUCCAUUCGAGAAAAUUUGAAUGAAGGAGAAUCUUUGUCGACCAAUGCAGUGACCAUCGGAACAAAUAGACAAAUCUCUGGCACUCAGAUCGAGGGCCUUGGAGAUCAUCACAUUUGGGUUUCAGCUAGCUCUUCCACGAUGGAGGUCCAAGCUGGUCAACACAUUUCAGAAACGGUGGUCCAUCGCUUUGUAGGAGAACCAGGCCUGGCAGUAUCCAUGGAGCACAUGCCCCAGAAAGAAGCCUCCCCAGGUGGCAUGGAGCAACCUGUGGCGGCCCUCCACGUGAAGAGGAUCCAGGUUCUCCUGGAACAGCAGUGGGAGUGUCUGUGUGGGGGGACAGCAACAGAGGGGGGCAAGGCCCUGGAGCACCCAGACCCCAAGGUCAAUUCGCUACAGGAGGAGAUGAUGAGUCUGGUUCAUACUCUUUCCUCCUACUACAACCAUGGAUCCAGUGACGGAGAGGCUUCUCAAGGAGGUAUGGUUUAUCUUCACAUAACUUUGGGUUGACUUCCAGAACAAGUAUGCUCAAUGGAGAAUCUCCAUUGAAAGUGGUUUCUAGUCCAGGAAAAGCCUGGACAAUAAUGUCCAGUCUACACUAACCACAUAUUGUCUUUAUGCAUUUUUUAAAAUAUUCGCAAGAAAAUCUGUUGCCAAUUGGAUGGAAACCUAGCUACUGACCCUAAACAUUUUUCAUUGAAUAUAAAAAGAGAAAUUAUGUGGAACAAGGAUUUUGUUUUUUUGACUGCUUAAAAAGCAAAGUGAAUGUUUAUUUUAUAGUACAGAGCUCUUUUCUGUAUUUCAUAAGUUAUUAGAUAUAUUCCAACUCAUUUGAAUUUCAAAACAGAGUCUAACUGUAACACAAUCCAUUCCCAGUGGUUUUUUUUUACUCCAUUCACGUAAUGUCAGCUCAUUUCACUCAUAGCUUUGAGCUAUUUCUCCAUCUGUCAUGAAAGAUUAGGUCCGAUUUGCGAGUCAAUGGCGGAAAUUCACAGCGCACAAAUUCCAUUACCAUGUCAAAGAGACCACUUUCAGACAACUUUAUUUUCCUUUCUCAAAUCGAGACCCACAAUUCGCCAUGCAGUGUAAAUUGAUGGUUGUAGUUAGUCUGGCUUUAUGCAUGAUAGGUUUUUAUUGAUGACUGUAACUCUUCCUUACGGUUUGUACUUAAAGAAGGAUUUUCUUUUUGCCCUGACUCAGUCCUUAGGCAACUGAACCAGCUCCAGUACUUCCAUUUUCUUCAUUUAUACUAGAAUGGGAGAAGUUUGGUCAUAAUUACAGGGAAACUAUUUCGUUCUCAUGCAAAGAACAAUUCAAAGCUGCUAUGGAAACAACUCACCAGACCCAUGUGUUUCAUUAAAGCAGCGAAAUGAACAGAAAUGCAGUUUAUAUGUAGUUAUCAUCCAACUUGAAAGAAAACUCCACUCAAAAACGAUAUCUUUCAAAAAAUGAAAAUACUAAGACAGUUUUUGACUAGAGUUUCACUUUAACUGAUAGCUAUCAAUGCCUCCCAUUGUGAUUAGGCUACCAACCACGUAUAAUGGAGUAUGUCUACAGACUUUCUAUCUCAUUGUCUAUGUCAUGGGGGCCUCCUCAUCAUCCUCUUAUACUGUGGUUGGCCCCACUUGAAAUGACAAUAAUAAUUAGCAAAGCAUCUACAUUUCUGUAGCUUUUAUAAAAGGUUCAUUUAGCCUUUAGUUGUUGUUGUUUGUUUAGCUGUUGUUGUAUUCAAAGUGGGACCGUGUGAUUUAACAGCUCCUUCGCCUUAACAUACGAUCUGUGUCGUCUUUUUCUCUCUUAGCCCCAAAAUCCAUCAUGAAGAGAAAUGGCAGUGGUCAGACGUCAAAGAACCUCCACUUUGCUCGUGUGAACAGCGGGUAAGACACCAGUCUCCUGCUGUUUAUAGUUUACAAAUAACUAACUUGAGCAUCACCCUCUGCAUUUAUGACCAACUUAUGGCUAACCCUGAAGAUUUCACUGUGCAGCAACACUAAUUUUGGACUGUCUGCGUUCAGCUAGAAAAACCCAUGAUGUUGGCUACAAUGGCAGGAUGACUGUAAUGGCGAAACACAUUGGUUCAGAAUGACACAAUAGUGUCUGAAUAUCUUUUGCACAUGUGUUUAGCUUUGAAACAACACCAAAUGAGGAUUUGGACAGUAAGAGCCAUGCGAAUGUGGACAUCUCCGACCUAGAGCAACAGCCAGAAGGACUUGGGGAGAUGGUAGAGAAACCUGCAGAACAUGGGGGUUCCAACCAUGGAGACCAGAAAGAGGGAGACCCAAGUCAAGAGACGAUGGAAGGAACCAAUCCAAUGGACCAGACUACUCAAGAUGUACAACCAGACUCACAUACAGAUAGUGGUGAAAAUCUGAAAGCUGGAGAACCAGAAGAACAGGCCAAGACAGACACCAACAUAGAGGAACCUAUGGAGGCAGAACCAGACCCAAACACAGAUCCCAAACAUGAACUGCAAGACAGGUGAGGGGAACUGAGUAUAUCUUAAUAUUUUUUUUGGUUCAUGAAUUGUCAUUUUUGAGGAUUUGCCAGUUAACAUUUCUGCAUAUUUAUUUUGCAAUUUUAAAAUAUUGAAGAGUGCCAUGAAUUCUUUUUCAGAAUAUGAAAAAACACUAUCUUUAUUAUAAUGUAUUGAUGUUAGUAAGAGUAUAAGAAUAUUGUUGACAACACAACUCAUGGGACUAAUGAUGGUCUUUCCUCAUAGGGACACUGUAGAUGAAGAGUUCAUAGCAGCGUGUCAUUUCCUCAAAGAUCACAUGGACAACAUGGAUAACCCCAAUGAUGAAAUGGUACGCAUAGUACAGCAAUACAUUUAGACAUAGGCCUAUAGGCACAACCUAAUUACACAAGCGUUAUUCAAAAGCUCUAUGAAUAUCUGUUAAGAUAGACUAGGCACUACCAAACACAGUGUCUUAAAGAUGAACACAAUUUGUGACAGCAUAAUAUUUUCAUUUAUUGAACGGAAGAGCAUAGUUAUGCACCUAAUUUAUUUCUUUUAUUUCACCUAUAUUUAACUAGAACAUUCUCAUUUACAAUAACGACCUGGCCAAGAGGCAUAACAUCGCAAUAGUGAACAGGACAACACAAAAUAACACAAAACAUUUAUAAAAACACACUAUACAGAGGAAAGGUAAGAAAUAUUCACAGAGGGAGCAGAAAAGUUCAACACAGCAGACUUAAUGAUCAGCAGGUACAUUGAUCAGAUAGCAGCUCAGUUAAUAUGUUUUUGAACCAGUGUGGUGGGAUGAAUGUGGCAAGUUUGAGGGUCUUUUGCAGCUCGCUCCAGUCGUUGGCGGUGGAAAAAUGGAAUGAAUGAUGGCUAAAGGAAGUGCGGGCUUUGGGAAUGACAUUUAAUGACAUCACAUUUAAUUGUGUUACAGUGGAUUCAAAUGGAUUUAAUAGUAAUUUUUUGUAAAGAAUCUACACAAAAUACUAACGUCGAAGUGGAAGAUAUUUUUUUUUUUACCGAUUAAUACAAAUGUAAUAAAAAUAUAGUCGUUGCAUAGUUACACUGAACAAAAAUAUAAACGCAACAUAUAAAGUGUUGGUCCCAUGUUUCAUGAGCUGAAAUAAAAGAUCCCAGAAAUGUUCCAUACACACAAAAAGCGUAUUUCUCUCAAAUUUUGUGCACAAAUUUGUUUACAUCCCUGUUAGUGAGCAUUUCUCCUUUUCCAAGAUAAUCCAUCCACCUGACAGGUGUGGCAUAUCAAGAUGCUGAUCAUUACACAGGUGCACCUUGUGCUGGGAACAAUAAAAUGCCACUCUAAAAUGUGCAGUUUUGUCACACAACAAUGCCACAGAUGUCUCAAGUUUUGAGGGCGCGUGCAAUUGGCAUGCUGACUGCAGGAAUGUCCACCAGAGAAUUCAAUGUUUAUUUCUCUACCAUAAACCGAAUUUGGCAGUACGUCCAACCGGAAUCACAAUCACAGACCACAUGUAUGGUGUCGUGUGGGUGAGUGGUUUGCUGAUGUCAACAUUGUGAACAGAGUGCCCCAUGGUGGCGGUGGGGUUAUGGUAUGGGCAGGCAUAAGCUAUGGACAACGAACACAAUUUCAUUUUAUCGAUGGCAGUUUGAAUACACAGAGAUACCGGGAUGAGAUCCUGAGGCCCAUUGUCGUGCCAUUCAUCCGCCACCAUCACCUCAUGUUUCAGCAUGAUAAUGCACGGCCCCAUGUCGCAAGGGUCUGUACACAAUUCCUGGAAGCUGAAAAUGUCCCAGUUCUUCCAUGGCCUGCAUACUCACCAGACAUGUCACCCAUUGAGCAUGUUUAGGAUACUCUGGUUCGACGUGUACGACAGCGUGUUCCAGUUCCCGCCAAUAUAAAUAUAAUCCAGCAACUUUGCACAGCCAUUGAAAAGUGGGACAACAUACAUUCCACAGGCCACAAUCAACAGCCUGAUCAACUCUAUGCGAAGGAGAUGUGUCGUGCUGUAUGAGGCAAAUGGUGGUCACACCAGAUACUGACUGGUUUUCUGAUCCACGUCAAUACCCGUUUUUAAAAAGGUAUCCGUGACCAACAGAUGCAUAUCUGUAUUCCCAGUCAUGUGAAAAUCAUAGAUUUGGGCCUAAUUUAUUUAUUUAAACAGACUGAUUUCCUUAUAUGAACUGUAACUCAGUAAAAUCUUUGAAAAUGUUGUGUUUAUAUUUUUGUUCAGUAUAUUUAGCCCCUUUGUUUAGCCAAGCCUAAAUUAUUUCAGGAGUAAAAUGUGACUUAACAAAUCACAUAACUUACAUGGACUCACUCUGUGUGAAAUAAUAGGGGUUGACAUGAUUUUUGGAUGACUAACCCUUCCUCUGUCCCCAAUACAUACAACAUCUGUAAGGUCCCUCAGUCAAGUAUUGAAUUUUAGGCACAGAUUCAACUACAAAGACCAGGGAGCUUUUCAAAAGCUUCAUAAAGAAGGGCAGUGAUUGGUAGAUGGGUAACUAUAAAAAAUCAGACAGUGAAUAUCUCUUUAAGCAUGGUGUAGUUAAUAAUUAUGCUGUGGAUUAUACAUUACACCACCCAGACACAUUAAAUAUCCAGUCGUCCUUCUGAACUGAGCUGCAGGACAUGAAUGAAACUGCUCAGGGAUGUUACCAUGAGGCUAUUGGGGAUUUUAAAACAGCUACAAUGUUCAAUGGCUGUGAUGGGAGAAAACUAAGGAUAGAUCAAAAACAUUGUAGUGACUUCACAAUAAUUACCUAAAUGACAGAGUGAAAAUAAGAAUACAAAUAUACAGAAUAUUCCAAAACAUGCAUCUUGUAUGCAACAAGGCACUAAAGUAAUACUGCAAAAAAUAACACGGCAAAUGAAUACACUUUUUGGCCUAAAUGCAAAGCCUUAUGUUUGGAGCAAAUCUGAUACAACCCAUCACGGAGUAACUGCCUCAUUAUUUUCAAGCAUGGUGGUAUGCUUGACAUCGACAAAUACUGGGGAGUUUUUCAGUAUGAAAAGAAACAGGAUGGAGCUAAGCACAGGCAAAACCCUGGAGGAAAACCUGCUUCAGUAUGCUUUACACCAGACACUGGGAGAGGAAUUCACAUUUCAGCAGGACAAUAACCUACAACACAGGCCACAUCUACACUGGUGUUGCUUACCAAGAAAAGAGUGAAUGUAAGCCAAGUUACAGUUUUGACUUAAAUCUGCAUGGAAAUAUAUGGCAAGACUUGAAAAUGGAUGUAUAGCCAUGAUCCCCAACAUCUUGACAGAGCUUGAAGAAUUUUGAAAAGAAUAAUGGGCAAAUAUUGCACAAUUCAGGUGUGCAAAGCUCUUAGAGACUCACCCAAGAAGACUCACAGCUAGCUGUAAUUGCUGCCAAAGGUGUUUCUAACAUGUAUUGACUCAGGGAGCUGAAUACUUUGACAUUCGAGUAUUUUGUGUAGAUUGUUGACAAAAUGUCCAUUUUAAUCCAACUUUGUAACACAAUCAAAUGUGAAGAAAUCCAAGGGGUCUGAAUACUUUUGCAAGGCCCUGUAUCUACCAGAGCGCAGGAUGCUAUUGGUGGUGGAGAUGUUGAGGAGUGAGGGGGGACUUGCCUAUGAGGGACUUGUAAAUAAAUUGUUACCAGUGGGUCUGGCAUCGUGUAUGUAAUGAGGGCCAGUUGACCAGCAUGUAAAGGUCACAGUGAUGAGUGUUGAAGGGGGCACUGGUAACAACCCACUGGGCACACACUGGUUAAAUCAACGUUGUUUCCACGUCAUUUCAAUUCAAUUACGUUGAACCAAUGUGGAAUAGACGUUGAAUUGAUGUCUGUGCCCAGUGGGAAAGCGGUUAGCAGUGUGGUAAAUGGCGUCUAGUUUAUUGAGGGAGGUUUUGGGGGCAAGCCUGUAAACUACAUCGCCAUAGUCCAGGAUCGGCAGGAUGGGAGAAGGAUGUUUUGUUGAAGUAGAGGAAACCAAAUUCUGGAUUUAACUUUAGACUGAAGGUGGGUGACAUGGGUAUGGAAUGAGAGUGAUCAGUCCAGCCAUAUACUAAGAUAUUUACAAGCGUCGACAUACUCCAGCUCUGACCCGUUCAGGGUGAGAAUGUUAGGAGGGCAGGCAGGUCUCAGGUAAGUUUUUUGGUAUUGAGGAGUAGGUGAAGGUCAGAUAAAGCAUGCUGGAUGUUGAUAAGGCUAUGUUGUAGGGUGGUCAGCACGGAUACUUUCAUUAGUGCUAUUCAAAUCAAAUCAAAUCAAAUUUCAUUUGCCACAUGUGCCGAAUACAACAGGUGUAGACAUUUCUGUGAAAUGCUUACUUACAGCCCUUAACCAACAAUGCAUUUAUUUUUUUAAAUAAAAAAGUAAAAUAAAACAACAAAAAAGUGUUGAGAAAAAAAGUAAAAUAAAAUAACAGUAGGGAGGCUAUAUACAGGGGGGUACUGGUGCAGAGUCAAUGUGCGGGGGCACCGGCUAGUUGAGGUAGUUGAGGUAAUAUGUACAUGUGGGUAGAGUUAACGUGACUAUGCAUAAAUAAGUAUGCAGCAGUGUAGCAGCAGCGUAAAAAGAUGGGGUGGGGGGUGGGGGGUGGGGGGGGGGGGGGCAGUGCAAAUAGUCCAGUUAGCUGUUCAGGAGUCUUAUGGCUUGGGGGUAGAAGCUGUUGAGAAGUAUUAGCCUCAUUAAACUGUCUAUAUCUGCCGUAUGCAUUUUCUCUCGGAAAUAUCCAAGCAAUAUGAAUAGAAGUUGCCCUCAGAUACAGAUCUAGGACCAGCUUACCCUUCAUUUUGGGGAGGAAAACGGUAAACAUUAAUCUGCUCCCCAGAGGCGGGCUUUGGUGGUGCUGUUCCGAGAUUGGUUCCGGGUGGCGGCUGAGGAGGACUCCCUGGCCAAUACAGUGUUAGUGUACCUCAGAGAGGUGAGGAAGGCUACGCCCUCGCUCCUCCCCUUCCUGGUUAACAUGGCAGAUGACAACGGCAACACAGCACUCCACUACAGCGUGUCCCACGCCAACUACCCCAUCGUCAGCCUGCUACUGGACACAGGUAGGCACCAGUGUGUGUGUGUGUGUGUUUGAUUUUACACAGUUAUGGGGCAUUAUAAACUGGGUGGUUUGAGCCCUGAAUGCUGAUUGGCUGACAGCCGUGGUAUAUCAGACCGUAUACCACGGGUAUGACAAAACAUUUAUUUUUACUGCUCUAAUUACGUUGGAAACUAGUUUAUAAUAGCAAUAAGGCACCUUGGGGGUUUGUGGUAUAUGGCCAAUAUACCACGGCUAAGGGCUGUGUCCAGGCACUCCGUGUUGCGUCGUGCUUAAGAACAUCCCUUAGCCAUGGUAUAUUGGCCAUUUCCACCCCCCCCUCGGGCCUUAUUGCUUAAGUCUAAGGUAAGACAGUGAGUGAGUGUACAUAAACACUUAGUGUGUAUCUAAAUGGUUAUACAUUUGUACUUCCAUAUCUGUUCAUCCACUGAUGAUAGACCAUUUUGCCUUAUAGCCUCAUAGGACAAUUGAGCAAAAACACAAGUUGACGUAUUGAGCAUCCCAAUACACCGUAUGUGUUCCUAAAUGUAUGUGUGUGUUUGUCCUUUCCCAUGCAGGUGUGUGUGAGGUGGACCUCCAGAACAAGGCAGGAUACACAACGGUGAUGCUGGCCUCCCUAACGGCCCCGGAUGGCUCUGGGGACAUGGAGGUGGUCCGCAGGCUCAUGGAGCUGGGGGACGUCAACGCUCGAGCCAGCCAGGUCACGGUCACUGCCUCUAUAACUGCCAAAUACACAUCUCAUACAUCCUAACACUCUUUAUUGGCACAUAAUGUACUGUAUGACCAAGCAUCUUAGUAUUCCAAAUGUAUAACUGUGGGUUGUCUAAACGGUUCCAUAACACAAAGCAAUAGACAAGAAUGGCUCCAAAAAUCCACAGUGGAUGUUUCAGAGUUUCAUACAGCACCAUGGUGGUUAUAGCUAUGAAACAUCAAAGCAAUAUAUAGUAAAUUGGACCUGUGCAGUGCAUACUUGUUUUCAUGUAGGGAUCUGUAAACUAUAAACCAUAUGAAUCCGCACCAAGGGCUGGUCUGUCAUGCUUCUCACACAGAGGGCAAUAUGGCUUUAAUAAACAGUGGCUUAGUGGCUCUGCUUUGGAGAGAGGAUAUAUUGAGUUGACCUCUACAGCUCUCCCAUGCUGCCUGGGUUAGGAUGAAUCACCUCUGUACCACUGGGAGCAGUGGGAGAAACCGGUAGCCUGGUUUCACCAGAAUGAACACUGUGCUCCCAAUUGUUUCAGAGCAGCAACCUGGUUUAACCAGGCUAAGGUACUGGAGCAUGAAUAUCCUUAUGUUUCUGGCAUGGCUACAGAAGACUGGAGGUUAUCAUGCGCUCUCUCCUGCUGCCUGGACCUCUGUCCUCUCAUCUCUUCUCACAUACAGAGAGAGCUUCAAUCUUCUCCAUGAUUACUCAGCACAAAAAUCAUAAUAACAUGUCUUAACAGCCCCCUCGGCCGUGCUUAGGGCUGUUGCAGUGGCUGUAUUACUGCCACACCGGCAGUCAUGAGUCAUGACCACAGUAAAAUUCCACAUGACCGUCACAGUAAUCUCCUCUUAUGCACUCUGGACACGCUUUAUUAGUACCCAACUCACUAACGACCAUCAGGUCCUAAUGGCCUGGUACUCAGGGCUCUAUUGUCCCUCUAACCACUCGGACAUCAAUGCAAAUGCAAUCAAAAAUAACAUCAAACACUUAUCAUCAAAACAGUAUCGUGCUUUUAAAUCUCACCUCACUGUGAUUGAUCAAUUUGAAGAAGGAAGUUCAACAACAGGUUGAAACUGAGUGGAAAACAUGGUCGUUGUGGAUGUUGUGGCCUCCUGUAGCUCAGUUGGUAGAGCAUGGCGCUUGCAACACCAGGGUUGUGGGUUCGAUUCCCAUGGGGGGCCAGUAUGAAAAAUGUAUGCACUCACUAAAAACUGUAAGUCGCUCUGGAUAAGAGCAUCUGCUAAAUGACAAACAUUUUAAAUGUUGUUUCAAAGCCUAACACAAUGAAAUGGACAGUGCUUUCUAAGGUGAUGAUUAAUUCAAGCGGCAUCCAAUCCCUAUUCGAGUGCAUUCGGAUGACAUGUAUUUUUUCCCCUGCCUCUGUUUCUGCCCAUUUGAUAAUGGGCCAUUGUAAAUCCAAACUCAUUUUACAUAUUAGUAAAGUAAAUUGAGAAUUGUCUGAUGGGUGAAAAUAUGAUCACUUGAUGAGAGAACAGCGUGUGCAGCCUGAGGCAAAGAACAGAGCGCUACUUUCUCAAAUCAUCAUGCAGCCCAUAUACUGUAUGUUUUGAUUUCUAAGACAUUUGUAUAAUUCACAACUAAAGUUGCUAAAUAACUCUAAAUCUAGCACAUAGGACCUGUUUCAAUUGAUCACUUUUAUGCUCAACAUAGCCACUUCAUAUGCGCACUCUCUCCAGCUAAGUUCAAUUAUAUUAUUCGAACUAUAAAAUCAUAUAAUAUAAAAUAAUGGCACGGGACUUAUAAGCAUAUCUUGUCAGCUAAAUGAACAAGCCUACAGCCUAUGGCAUGGAGCAUAGCCAGGUAACAUGCAGUAGUAUCACAUUUCAGGAGAAGACCCAGAUACAGACAGUGUUGAAGUAACAAAAGUUUAUUACAAAAACAGGGGGCAGGCAAACGACAGGUCAAGGGCAGGCAGAUGUCAGUAUUCCAGAUCAGAGUCCGAAAGGUACAGAACGGCAGGCAGGCUCAGGGUCAGCUCAGUCAGAAUGGUCAAAACCGGGAAAACUAGAAAACAGGAACUAGAGAAAGACUGGAGCAAGGGGAAAAACGCUGGUAGGCCUGACGAAACAAAAUGAACUGGCCACAGACAAACAGAGAACACAGGUAUAAAUACACUGGGGGUAAUGGGGAAGAUGGGCGACAGCUGGAGGGGGGUGGAGACAAUCACAAAGACAGGUGAAACAGAUCAGGGUGUGACAGUAGGCCAACUCAUAUUCUGUUCUUCUGAAAUACGUUUUCUUCAUAUCAUAUUUCUUUAGACCUGCCUAAAAUAAAUAAUGGAUUUAUUGUGAUGAUGUAGGCUAUAUUAUAUGGAUUUAUUAGACUUUUUCAAAUGUAGAUGUUCCAAAGACGUGCAUCAGCGGCUUGUAUGCGUGGAGACCUGGAGAUGCUAAACGUGUUUAUGUUAAUUAACGGUCAAUUACCGCGAGACCGGAAGUCUUUUGCAUGACAAUAACCGGCGGAUAAAAUUUCAUGACCGCCAUAGCCCUAGCCCCGCCUGCAUACUUUCUUUCUCUCUCUUUUAAACACACAGUAAAAUAUUAUCCCAUAAGACUGGCCUAAAGAUGGACCAUCCCACCAGGCAUUUGCCACAACUGCUUUCUGGCCAGUCAGCUUCAGCUCGGCAUGCUGAGAUGACUCUCCUCUUGACCCUCCUCAUCCCUCUCCCUGUCUCUCUCCCUCCAGGGGGGUCAGACAGCUCUGAUGCUAGCAGUGAGACAUGGCCGGGGCCUGAUGGCGCGGCUGCUGCUACGCUGCGGGGCCGACCCCAAUGUCCAGGACCGCCAGGGGGCCACGGCCCUCAUGUGUGCCUGCGAGAGGGGCCACACACACGUCGCCCGGCUUCUGCUGGAGAGGGCUGAGUGUGACACCAGCCUCACAGACCAGGUGAGAACACACAAACACAUGUGCAUAGACACACACACGCAUAGAUAUGUAUGUGUGUAGUAGCAUCUUAAACAGGUUUUGCACUGUGCAGUAGAUCAGGAUUUGGUAGCUGGUGCUAACAGGAAGUCUAUGCCUGCAGUAUCACUGGUUCUCACUGUGCCUGUUGGACAACUCAGGAAGAGAAACAGAUUAACAGUGCUAUGCACUUUCUCAUACACACAAACACAGAUAUGGAUACACACACACACACAAUCCCCCACGCCCCUGAAGGCCCUGAGCAAGGCAGUUAACCUACUGUUCGCGGGCGCCGGUGACAUGGAUGUCGAUUAAGGCAGCACCCGCACCGCUCUAAUUCAGACACAUUUCAGUUGAAUGUAUUCAGUUGUACAAAUGACUAGGUAUCCCCCUUUCCCUUUACUUUCCCUCAGUUACUAACCACGACUUCAGGAGUAGGCAAUACAUCAAACAACCAGACCCUUCACCAUCUAGUGGACAAAUAUACACAAUACGCCCCGGGGGAAUAAGAGCGCCUCAAGUAUUGCCAUUAUAAGAUUCAAUGUUAACAGGAUGUCAGUCCUCUUUUCUCACUAGAAUUUGCGCCUUUGCUGAAAGAGCAGCUUACGCCAUUUGAAGCAUUUGAAAGCCCAAAUACCUUGUUUGCGUCCCAAGUGGAACCCUAUUCUCUAUGGGCCCUGGUCAAAAGUAGUGGACUAAAUAGGGAAUAGGGUGCCAUUUAGGGUGCAUCCCUUGACUCAGCGAUUAGCUCGUCGUAGCCCAGUGAGGUUUGCCUCUACAACAGGCUUCAUUCAUCCACAGAGAGCUAGCAGAGCGAUAGCCACGCUGUCACUCUUAGCUCACUAAAUCUGUUUCCUCUCCUCUGUAGAGGAAGGGAAUAGGAGAGGAAUCCUCUACUCUGUCCAAUUCUCCACGUAGACUAGUAGAGGACAAGAGGAAAGCUCUCACGGUUAAGGGCCUCCUGCCUUGAAUUGACACUAUCCUCGAUGCAAAAGUGUUAAUUGUAUAAACUCGAAUUCACUCGGGAAUGUGCACUAUACCGUUCUCUCUCAUUUUGUUUGUAUCACUGUCGUUUAGCAUGGUUACAUACCUUAGUAGUGUGUGCCAAACCUUUCCUCAUGUACCCCCACCCAUUCCACUUAUUUGAUGUAUUCUAGUACGAGCACACCUGAUUCAAUUGGUUAACUAAUCAUCAAGCCCGUCAUUAGUUGAAUCAGCUGUGUUAGUACUGGGAUAGAUGAAGAAAAAGUGGAAACUAGCUGGAGGUACUCGAGGAGAGGUUUGGGAAACACUGCCUUUGCAUAAACCAGAAUGAUUUAAAGUUCAUACCUCAAGUGUUGACCUUCUCUGUGUUCUUCCUCAUCCUCCUCUCCUCCUCUUCCAGCGUGGUCGCACGGCCCUCUCCGUGGCCCAGAAGGGGUCCUACGGUGACAUCACAGCCCUCCUCCAGGCUCACCACACACACGCUGGGACAUCUCUCUGAGACCUUGACCCCCCUGUUCCCCUGGAUAGGUCAAAGACACAGACGCCACAGUGCAAGGAAUGUCCAAUUCCAAAUGGCAACUUAUUCCCUAAUGUAUAUAGUGCACUUUUGACUAUAACCUAGCUAGCUAAGUAUAUCUAAAAUCUGGUAGAAAUCUGUGUUGGUAGCCUACUGGCUGUCACUUGACUUCUCCGACACUCACCACUUGCUGAGCUCAGCUGGUCAUGUUAGCAUUUCUCACUGACUUCAAGUACUAGGCUCUGGUCAAAAGUUGUGCACUAUACAGUAAAACAUUUUAUUUUAAGACUUGUGUGCCAGUGGAAGUGUUACUAUGACAGACGUGCACGGCUCCAAUCUUGGAGGGCGAUAUUGUCUGCUGGUUUUUGUCCUUGCCUUUUAAAAUUGAUCCAAGUGCCUGGGCAAAUAGCAAAGUGGAGUUGUCAGCCGAUCAAUGACAUGAAUUGACCCAAUAAGUUCCACAAUGGGAGAUUUAAAAAAAACAGACAAACUGCGGCCCUGGAGGACUGGAGCCGUCUAUCCCAGGGUUAUUUUCGAAAAUGCAUUAUUACAGUAUAUGCUGGACAACCGAUGGGUUGAUUGCUCUGCUGGUACUGUAUACGAUUCAAUGCCGUUAUGCUAUCCCCUGUAUGGCAUUAGGGGAGUGACAAUGCCUUCACAUCUCUUCACAUGGCCUUUAUUGUGUGAUUGUAAGGUGGGACUUUUAUUUUAAUAUCUAUUAUUCUGACCUAGCCUUACACUAGCAACUGGGAAGAGAACAAUUGUGUUAUCAGACUGAAAGAAAUAUCAAAGAAAUCGAAUCUAGUUGGUAUUCAGGUCUGCACCACUACCCUCUGGGCAUUUCAUUCAGCUAGAGAUAAUUAUUACAGUAAAUAUGCAGUACAUUUACAUUGACGCUUGUCUGGAUUGAACUAUUUCCCACUAUCAGCAAUAUGUUGCAUGCCAAUCUCUAUACUGUAUGAAGUAAAAUAUCAGUGCGCUAUCCUGGUAAAGUUUGUUUCAUUAUUAUCACUAUCCAUUAUAGACAAACCAGACAGUGGAUAUCUCUACUCAUUUUUAUGCAUUACUCUUAAAGCUAAGCAAGAUUGCUGACAUGUGACAGUUUUAAUAAAACGUCUGGUGUUUGCCAAUGAUUUUGUAUUAAUAUGGGG